AUGACAUCAACUUUUUCGAAUACAAUUUCAUCAGUUAAAGUUGAUGAUAAUAAUGAUUCAAAUCAUAUAUCAACAAAUCGUCAACGUCAUCAUGUACAAGCAAAACGAGCAGUUACACUUGAUGUUGAAACUCAUAAAGAAAAAUUUCGUAUUGUUGUACUUGGAGCAACAAAAGUUGGUAAAACAUGUUUAUGUCAACAAUUUUUACAAGAAAAAUUUUUAAAUGAUCAUAAAGAAACACUUGAUGAAUUACAUAGUAUUGAAAUAUCACUUGCUGAUCGUCAAAUCAUACUUGAAAUAUUAGAUACAGCUGGUAUAGAUGAAUUUCCUGCUAUGAGACGUAUUGCUAUAGCACAUGGUAAUGCUUUUCUUAUACUUUAUGCUGUUAAUGAUGCACAUUCAUUUGAUAUUGCAAAACAAAUGUAUCAACUUGUACUUGAAAUAAAAAAUACUACAAAAAAUUCAAUACCAAUUAUAAUUGUUGCAAAUAAAUGUGAUUUAAAUAUUGAAAAACAUGAAAUAACAGAAGAAUAUGCUAAAAGUAUUGUAGAAGAUCAAUGGAAAAUAACACAUAUGAAUGUAACAUGUCAUGAACAUGAAUCUGUACUUAAUGCAUUUCGUAUGUUACUUAAUUUGGCUAAUAUUAAUUUAACAUAUAGUCCAGAUACUGUACGUCGUUCAUCUGAUCCAAGUUUACCUACACAUAGAGGACAACGUACGACAACAAAUAAACGACAAAGUUAAUAUCCCUAUGGAAGUUCAAGACCAAAUGAUUAUCGAUAUCCAUCAGAAUCAACACGACCUACAGAAUAUCCCUAUGGAAGUACAAGACCACGUGAUGAUGAUAAAUAUUCAAUUGGUCAAUUAGUUCGACCUCGUCCUAUUCGUGAAGAUGUUUAUCAACCAAGUAGUUGUUGUGAAUAUUCUAAACCAGUUCCAACAGCUAAUAUUAUUGCUGAUCCAAUUCGUCGUCCAUAUUAUGGUAAUGCACGGCCAGGUAAUUUAAAUAUUAGUAUAAAAGUUAAUGUUGGUGGUAGUAAUCGACCUGCUCAAGUUUCAUAUGUAACAAAUGAUUAUGCAUCAAAACCACCAGCUAUUCGCUCAGCAGCAACUUUUGAUAAUGUUCAUUAUCUUGAUUUAAAUUUUCAAUCACCACAACAAACGGCUCGAGUUACAACGGAUGGUAUUUUACGUUCUACACCAUUACAAAAUUCAACUGGUUUUCCAAGAGAAACUUCUUAUUAA